AUGGAUAACAUAGUUGAUGGGAAGAGGUCGAUCCAUCUGACACCAGAAAAAAAGGAGCAGGCAAGGCGCCGACUAAAGCCAGACCCUCAUCUUGAGAGCAGUGACACCCCUGUGGCUGCAUCUUCAGAUUCUGACUAUCCUCAACUUCCUUCCACUCCUCUAUUCAAGACUCCAAAGCGGAAAAGAGCAACUCCUGCUUCUGGUAGGAAAGCCAUUUCCACCCCUCGUGCAAAAGGGAGUGAGAAGAAAAAGGAAAUGGAAAUGGAGAAGAGAAAGGUGUGUGGUCUGUUGAAUGGCUACGUGUUUGUGUUGACAAGGAGCAAAGUGAGAGAGGGAAGGAGGGAAAAAGGUGAAGAGAACUCUGAUGACUCCUCUGAGAAUCGAGUGGAGUUUUCCCUCUUGAAGGAUUCAGAGGAUUUCAAGAAGGAACAGCUGGAGGCAGAUAUCAAGGAAGCAGGUGGGACCGUGAAAGAAUCUAUCUCCGAUGCCCUUGAGACAGCUGGGGAUCCAGCCAAAGUGUAUCUUCUCUCUGAUUCCCACUGCGGGACAGGGAAAUACAUUCAAGCCCUAGCGGCCUCAAUUCCAUGCAUCAGCCAUACUUGGAUCUCCAAAUCCAUUCAACGGGGUCGGUUGCUGCAUCCGAAGGAUUUUGUCCUUCCUCGAGGAUUUAGCACAACCCUACGUGAACUGGUUGAGACGAGCAUCGAGGAAGAAUCCCAACCGCUUCGGGAUCUCCGAAUCCUCCUUGCAUCUAAAGAUUCACAUUUCUUGGAUUUUUGGCAGCCUGUAAUUGGAAUGUCUGGUUGCCAACAGCUGUUUCGCCUUCCAAAACUACGAGGACGCCCCAUCAGUCGUGCCGAGGAGGCAGAGGCGUAUGCAAUGGACGUUGUGGUGACGGAUCGCAUGUGCCCUCCAUCCGUUCUGAGUAGAGCAAACGCACUCAAUGUUCCAAUUGUUUCCUCUUUUUGGGUCCUAGAGUGCCUUAUUAUGGGAGAGCCUGUCCCUUUUGAUGCCCAUCCCUCCUUUGCUUGGGAUUAUAAACCUCAAUGAUCUUGCAAUUCUUCUUUUAGUCACGAGACAAUGACCA